ACCGACAGCAUCAGCACCGCUGCUGGUGCUGCUUGCUGUUGUGUGGACUGUGCGCAUGCGCCGCGUAGUGGAAUUACUGCACUGGCCAGAAUAAGUUGGAUCUCGUCUGUCUUCACAGAAAUACAAAAAUCAAGCCAAAAAAAAUUAUGACAAUCCUCAGAAUGGGGAAAAAGAGGUAUUUCGGAGUUUGGACGUUUCCUUUAAUAGUUGCCGUGGUGUGCGCACAAAGUGUAAAUGACCCUAGCAAUAUGUCACUGGUAAAAGAAACUGUGGAUAGACUGUUGAAGGGAUAUGACAUUCGCUUGAGGCCAGACUUUGGAGGUGCCCCCGUGGGAGUGGGGAUGAACAUAGAUAUCGCCAGCAUAGACAUGGUAUCUGAAGUCAACAUGGACUAUACAUUGACUAUGUACUUCCAGCAAGCGUGGCGGGACAAACGCUUGUCCUACUCAGAGAUUCCCCUCAACCUCACCUUAGAUAACAGGGUGGCGGAUCAGUUGUGGGUCCCAGACACGUACUUCCUGAACGACAAGAAGUCCUUCGUCCACGGAGUGACGGUGAAGAACAGGAUGAUCCGUCUGCAUCCUGAUGGAACUGUACUCUAUGGCCUGAGGAUUACCACCACUGCUGCUUGUAUGAUGGACCUGAGGAGAUACCCUCUGGAUGAGCAGAACUGCACCCUGGAGAUCGAGAGCUAUGGUUACACCACAGAUGACAUUGAGUUUCACUGGAGAGGGGGUGACACUGCUGUGACAGGCGUAGAGAGGAUCGAGCUCCCUCAGUUCUCCAUUGUUGACUACAAGCUAAUCUCCAAGAAUGUCGUCUUCUCCACAGGUUCUUACCCACGGCUAUCAUUAAGCUUCAAGCUGAAGAGGAACAUUGGCUACUUCAUCCUGCAGACCUACAUGCCUUCAAUCCUCAUCACCAUCCUCUCCUGGGUCUCCUUCUGGAUUAACUACGACGCCUCGGCUGCAAGAGUGGCUCUGGGCAUCACAACUGUACUGACAAUGACCACAAUCAACACCCACUUGAGAGAGACGCUUCCCAAGAUCCCUUACGUCAAAGCCAUUGACGUCUACCUGAUGGGCUGCUUCGUCUUCGUCUUCCUCGCCUUGCUCGAAUACGCCCUGGUCAACUACAUCUUCUUCGGAAGGGGCCCACAACGCCAGAAGAGGGCAGCCGAAAAAGCAGCAACGGCCAACAAUGAGAAGAUAAGGCUGGACCCAAACAAGUGGCUGGUUGGGAACAUAGUCCAGCGAGAUGACGCUUUGUUUCCCAGAAUGAAACAGAGGGACCUAGGCGGUCAUGACACAAUGUGGGAACCCAUCUUCAUGGAUGACGCAGCAAUGGGGCUAGGAGAGCAGAAGAACAAGUGUGUUUCUGUCCCAUUUCAGAUGGACUCUCAUGAGAACAUUCUCCUCACCCCUCUGGAGAUCAAGAACGAGAUGGGUACGCCGGAGCUCACCCUGAGCCUGGGCGACCCCCGGGGCACCAUGCUGACCUACGACAGCUCCACGCUCCAGUACCGGAAGCCGGGCCUGUCACGCCACAACUAUGGCCACAAUGCCCUCGAGCGGCACAUGGUCCAGAAGAAGGGCCGGUUACGAAGGAGCGCCUCCCAGCUCAAGAUCCGAAUCCCUGACUUGACAGACGUGAACUCUAUCGACAAGUGGUCAAGGGUUCUCUUUCCGACUGUCUUCGGAUGUUUCAACAUGAUCUACUGGCUUUACUACAUCAACUAAACAAGGCCAGAGAAAUGUGUAUCACUUUUUUAAUGUUUUUGCUGUCUAAUUUUUCAACAGAAGCAAGACUGAACUACUUUAUAAAUAUUUAUCAAAAUCAGGACUAACUCCUUUCAACCUUGGAACACCUUAUUUGCUGGCUAACACAUGAAUACCUUAGACAUGAGAGAUUAAGAUCAUACGGUGCCUGCUGCAAAGAUGUUGCUUAUAUUUACCUUAUUAUAGUUAAUUAUAUACAGUAUAUUAUUCUGUGUAUGAUUGAAGAUUUAUAUAUUUAUGUUUGUUUCAGUGUAUUAUGUGAUUAUUAUUAUUUUCUGUUUAUUUUUGGUUGCCAAAAUUAUAUUAUAGAUUUGAGAUGGGAUUCAUAUUAGUCAAAUCAGAUGCAGACGUGAAAUGCAGACUCAUCAUUUUCAAGUCAAACAAACCAGUGCUCAAAAAGUAGCUGUUCCCGUCUUAGUUUUACAACCCUAAGUCUGCAUUUUACAGUUUGCAACUUACAUCCGUUUUUUCUAAAUGCUUGGGCAUAGUUUGAACAUUGCAGCAUUUCCAGUGUUCCAACAUAAUGACCUACCUUCAGCUCAAAUGAAUACUGCCAAUCAAUGAUACACCAUUCCAUAUAAAGAGUCACCAAACAAGACUCUCAAUAGAAUACUACUUUGGCCUUUAACCACAUGUAAAAUACUAGUUCAUUUAUUCCAUUAUGAUAUGAAAAGGUAGUAUAGAAUACUCAGACCAUUAUAUACCUAUUUUAUAAUACAUUAUAUGUAAGUAUUUUAUACCAUUAUGUAACUACUAAAUUUAAUUAUUUAUUUUCAAGCAUUAUUUAAAUUGUUACUUUACUAGAAUGGAUAUACAUGUAUUAAUGAAAAUUUAUUUAUAUUUUAGAAAACCAAAUCCUCAUAUCAUUCCAGUGCCCCAGAACACAACAGAGGAAAAAUGGAAGAAUGUGGCUUUCAAGAGUCUAGAAUGAGAGUACAAAGUUGUGUAAAGGUAGCACUGCCCGGACGGUUAGCUGCUGUUUAUCUGAACAUCAAGAUUUCAUACCGGACAAAUAUUUGGGCCCUAAUUUGAAUGAUGCACAACGGCAGGCAACGUGCUAAGGCUAAUUACUAGGAAAAAUAAUUUUGCAACACCACAAACACAAUCAGAAAAUGUUUUUGUAUUUAUACAUAGAGGAGGAAGCCAUACCAUUUCUUUAAAAUUUCUAAAAAUAUAGUUGACAAAUUCUUACAGUCAUAUUCCUCUAUACAUUAAAAUAAUACAUCAACGUUUUGGGAAAUAAGCUUAUUAUUGGGUUAGACCAGCAAGCCUAAAGCUCGCUUUUGCUAACUGGUCUAACCCACUUUCAGUGAAUUAUGCUAAGCUUGGCUAACAGUGUCAGACUGGGUUAUUUGAACGCACAGGAAGGAGAAGGACAUGUGUCUUCUUCUAUAACUUUGAAGUAGACGGCAAAUAAGCUUAUUUCUAAAAAGUUGGGUAUGUUCCUUUAAAGAGUGUUUCUAUUUACUCGACUUGAUUGGACCCUGCACUGUGUCACUAAAUUACCAUAAUAUUGGUAGCCUACCACUGCCUGUUAUGAUUGUGUGGUUGCUACAGUGUUUAAGCCUGUUCAUGGCUCACAUUGCUGUUUCAAAUGAGGGCCCCUUGUCUGUUCAGAGUAAAUCCUUGGUCUCUGGUGGGGAAAUGACGGUAACAUAGCAUAACAUAGCUGUACCCUGUAUUUUAACAAGCACAGUCCCACAUUGGGAUCCAACCCUGCAUCCUAGGGCAUGAGAGACAGACUUGCUAGCUAGGAGGCAAAAAAACAAUGGCAGCUAGCAUCAGUCAUUAGCAUGUCUCUUAUGUCACCAGUGAGUAAAGUUUACAAACCACAAAGCUCUGUACCUGUUAGUCUCUGUUGUAUAGCUAAAUAUUCCUAAAGUUGACCAGCCAACUAGCAAGCUCUUUCUAAUAGUAUUUUGUCGGUUCUCCUAAAUAAAUGCAAAUGAUGGUAGCAUGUCUACUCUAACUUCAGAGAUAUUUGGCUAUACAUGGAUGACAUUAUUAUAGAAGCAGCUUGACACUGCCCUCAAUCUAAACCCCCGUUUACUGGAGGUGAAACAUGUGGUGUGCUUGGGUCUAAUCACCUUCAACAUAUCCAGCUAAAGGUCUCCUCUCAAAAAAAAAACAAAACAAUACUGCCUUUAAUUUAAACCAAACUAGCUUUUGGUGAAAAAUUAAAACAUUGUAGGCCUACCUCAAUGUAUAAGGGGUACAUUGAGAUGGAUGAAACAACAGAUACCUAACAUGCCUCACACUUAGUGUGUCAUUAACAGUCACCUCCACACAGCAUGCUAAUUAUAUAGGAUGUGAAUGCCAGGUCAUCAGUUGAUCAUUAGCAUACAUUAUACAUUAUUAUCUAUAACUGGUGACACAGAACCAGCAGUUAAAGCAUAUUUAUCAAAAUAAAGAGAUAUCAACAGCAGUCAUCUUUCUUUCACAACAACCUGUAAAUAUAUAUUGUAAACGAUUGUUAACUGUAUGUGUACCAGAAUCUUAUGUGACGAUUAAUUUUGCAUAGCUAUGUUUACACAGAGAUGAAAGGUUUCUUAUUGAUCUGCAGUGUGAAUGAGUGAAUAGAUGAAAGUGACUCAUCAUAUUUAUAAUAUUUUUUAGCACAUGGCACACUUUUUUUCUUUAAUUCUGGUAAUAAUUAAAACAUCAAAAUGUUAUAUGUCAAGAGAAGCUACAAGGAGAUAAAAGCACAACUUAAGGUAGUAAGUGAUAUAAGGACAUAUCCUGAUUGCUCACAAUAUCUUUUUUAUAAUCUAGAGUCUUUUAUCCCUAAAGUAUGUUUGGUUGCCUGCAGGUUUUCCCAGGUGCUGAUAGUCCCACUAUCAACUGUGUGUUCUCCUGUAUGUUUUAUUAAACAAUUUGUACAACUCAA